AUGGGUGCUUCAGGGAAGUGGGUGAAGUCAAUUAUCGGUCUCAAGAAGGCAGAGAAGGAUGAAACUGAAAAGGGUAGUAGUGGGAAGAACAAGAAAUGGAGGCUAUGGAGGAGUUCCUCAGGGGAUUUAAGCUUGUCGGGCUCUACGUGGAAGGGUUUUAAGGGAAGACAUCGGUCUGAAUCAGAGGUUUCGGAUUCCUCCAAUGCUUACUCCGCGGCUGUUGCAACUGUUGUCAGAGCUCAUCCUAAGGAUUUCAAAGCUGUUAGAGAAGAAUGGGCUUCUAUCAGAAUCCAGACUGCUUUUCGUGGAUUCUUGGCGAGAAGAGCAUUGAGGGCUUUGAAAGGGAUUGUAAGGCUGCAAGCUCUAGUGAGAGGUAGGCAAGUGAGGAAACAGGCAGCUGUAACACUAAGGUGCAUGCAAGCUCUGGUGAGAGUGCAGGCUCGUGUUAGAGCUCGUCGUGUGAGGAUGACUGUAGAAGGACAAGCUGUGCAAAAGCUUUUAGAUGAACACCGGACCAAAUCUGAUCUCUUGAAACAAGUCGAGGAAGGAUGGUGCGAUAGGAAAGGCACGGUAGAUGAUAUCAAGACAAAGUUGCAGCAGAGACAAGAUGGCGCAUUCAGGAGAGAGCGCGCAAUGGCUUAUGCUCUAGCUCAAAAGCAAUGGAGGUCAAUACCUAGAUCAAACCUUAAGACAAACAGUUCAAUCUCAUAUCUCAAAAGCCAAGAGUUUGAUAAGAAUAGCUGGGGAUGGAGUUGGUUGGAGCGUUGGAUGGCUGCUCGGCCAUGGGAGACCAGACUUAUGGACGCUGCAGAUACCGCCACGCCUCCUCCUAAGCAUUUGAAAUCACCUGAAACCGCGGAUGUUGUCAAAAUCAGAAGAAACAAUGUGACAACUCGAGUAUCUGCAAAACCUCCUCCUCAUAUGUCAUCUUCAAGUCCUGGUUAUGAACUGAAUGAGAGCCCGGGUUCAUCGUCUAUCUGCACUUCAACCACACCUGCUUCCGGAACCACUGGUCUUGUUUCAGACAACUCUAGCAGUCAAAAUAACAAGAACAAGCCAAGUUACAUGAGCAUGACUGAAUCAACAAAGGCUAAGCGAAGAACUAACCGCGUUCUCAGGCAAUCCAUGGAUGAGUUUCAAUUUAUGAAGAACUCCGGAUUGUUUACCGGGGACUUGAAGAGCAGUCUUGCCUCAGAUCCUUCCUACGUUAGUGUUAGUUUCUCCAAACCACUUGGUGGUCCUACUCGAUUCGAGAAACAGAGAGGGUGA